CAUAAAAAUAUUAUUUCAUCUUCUCCUGGAUUGUCUGAGGAUACAGUUGCUAUUGCGAUUUUGCAAGAUCCUGAUUUAAUAAUCCAUUUUACAAAUGCUGAAACACUACACAAGAUUGCUAAAACUCAUCCUGCUCUUUUGGAAGCAGCCCAGAAUAUCGCUUCAGCUGUUCACGACGAAGCUCACAAUUUUGCUGUUUCGACAGCCAAUGCCGCCGCUUCACCAGGCAGUGCUCAAAAUAUUGGAAAUUCAUCAAGUCUAGAAAACUUGAGUGACGAUGAAGAAAUGGGCGCAGACUCGUCACAAUCUUCCGAUUCAACACAACCAUCGAAUAGCAAUUCCAGAAGUCAAUCGAUUAUAAGCCCUGCUCAACUAUUUGCUGCAAUCCAAAGAGCUCGAAGGUCAACUUCUGGAAACGGAAAUACUAGUAGCGAUGCGUUGCCAUCCAUACCGACUAGUUCUCAAAGUAACGUCACCAGUGGAGGAGUGAUUACAUUCGAAAUGUUCAAUCAAGCAAUGCAACAAGCCUUUGCAACUUCGGCUAUGAAUGACAUUACGAACAGCAUUCCAUCCUCAGUUCCAGCAGCAUCAACACCAGUACCAGUACCAACAUCGGUACCAGUUACAAAUCAAGAGUUAUCUUCUCCCGAUGACGUUCAAAGGCAGAUAACAAUCAUGCACGAAAUGGGACUCCGAAACGAUGCGGUCAAUCUGCAAGCGCUAACAAUUACCAAUGGAGAUGUACAGGCUGCCAUUGAACUGGUAUUGAAUGGAUUUGGCGAAAAUUGAUUCACUUUAUAUCAACGGUUUUAUCUAAUUACUUUUCGUCAAAUAUUAUCCUGCGUGCUGAAUCGAUUCCAUACGUUGAUUGUUACAGAAACUUGAAUAAUUCUUUUUUUUAUGGUCCAUAAAGAUAAUCUUGAAAAAUUGACCAAUUUUUUCAUGCGGGUCCAUAUAGAGUGAGAAUAAAAUGAACAAUUAAAUCGAUACGACGAAUUGGAAGAAGAAACAUUUUAUUUAUGAUUCGGCGCGAAGCGUUUCAAAAUCGCGUAGUAGUCAGUAAAAAAUUGGUCUUCGAGUUGUUUUAUAAACGAAAUUUAUAGUUUAUAUACUUUUUUAUAUUUUCAUAAUAAAAUUUAUUAUGAUAUCAAAAUGUUCAAUUUCCAUUGCAUCAUGCAAUGUACAUUUGCAAAAUGUACGGGUAUUGAAAUCUUGUCUAGCGUGACAUACUUAUAAUCUUAUCAUAUUAGAAAAUUCAAGAAAUUUGCCCUUGUACCAUAAGCUGUAAUAUAAAUAAAAUGCAAUUUUCACGAAUACAAUGAGUAAUCUUGACCGAUGACUUAUCGAUUACUUAUAAUUUGAACAAAUAAAAAUCAGUUGAAGGAC